GGACGACGACGAGGUUCACGAGGAGUGCGUCCUUUCUUCUUCUAGCCCCAACCUGUUUUACAUUUGAACUCGAGGACAGUCUUCGCUACCCCGCCACCUUCCCUCACUCUCAAAGUCUCCGUUCUUUAUUGCCUCUCUGCAGCAGCAGCUGGGAGAGUCUCUGCGUCCUUACUCCUUCCUGUGCGCAGUACAAGGAGGAUCCUCUUGGAGGAGGAGAUGGAGGGUGGCGUCUCGUUCUGGCAAGCGUUGGCACUCUCUUCCAUUUUGGGGUGGGUGGUGGCCUCGUCCUGGUUUGAUCUCACCAAGAGGAUAAGAUCCCUCGCGCAGCCAUGGGUCACCCGCCGCGUCCUCGCUGAUACCCCUUCCAUCCUCUGGCUACAGAGCAUGCGACAUGGUUUCUUGGACUGUAUCUUCUCGGUGCUAUCUUGUUUCGUUUCAGUGCCUUUCUACACAGGAUUUCUUCCCGUCGUCUACUGGAGUGGGCAUAGGAAAUUGGCGAGACAAAUGACGCUCUUGAUGGCGUUCUGUGAUUACAUUGGAAACUCCAUAAAGGAUGUAGUAUCAGCUCCGAGACCGAGUUGUCCUCCUGUGACAAGAGUGAUGGCCACAAAUGAUGAGAAAGGGAAUGCCAUGGAAUACGGAUUGCCGUCCUCACAUUGUCUGAACACCGUCUGUCUCUUGGGAUAUAUGUUACACCGUUUUCUGACACUUGGUGCCGAGACCCAUGCCAUCAUUCCUGUAGCUUUUUUGGGUUUAGUUUGCCUCCUUAUCAUUUCAAUCGGCACGGGGAGGAUGUAUCUUGGCAUGCACAGCUUGAUCGAUGUAGUGGCUGGAAUCAUCUUUGGGCUUGUAAUUCUUGCUCUAUGGCUCAUGAUCCAUGAAUAUGUUGAUGACUUCAUUACAUCCGGGCAGAAUGUCACAUCUUUCUGGGCAAGUCUAUCUUUCUUGCUGUGCUUUGCCUAUCCGACUCCGGAAUUUUCUACCCCAAGUUUCGAAUACCAUACAGCAUUUAAUGGUGUUGCAUUCGGACUGGUUGGUGGAAUUCACCGACACCUCCAUCCUCAGCAUGGCGGUAAUCCAUCCUUAUUUUCUGGACUCCCGGUUGUGGUCUUCUUAGGAAGACUGUCGGUUGGCAUUCCCACAAUGCUGGUUGUGAAGUUCUGCAGCAAGGCAGUAGCUAAGUGGCUGCUUCCUGUGAUGUGCAACACUUUGGGCAUCCCGAUAACAUCGUCACGCUAUGUCCCAACGCUGAAGGGGUCCCAAGGCAGCAAGAGCAAAUCUGAGAGUAAGCAAUCUGGUUGUCUUCUCCCUCACAAGGCAUAUGAUGUCGACACCGGAAUAAGGUUUCUGCAGUAUGCUGGCCUCGCAUGGUCUGCGGUGGACUUCGUUCCCGCGCUCUUCGCUCGUCUCAACUUGUAGCCGUUGUACAAUGUGAUGUCUGUAUGAUACUUGUCUGGUACGUACGUAUAUGGGAAUCGCACAUUUCUUGGGUAAAAUAGUAUAGCUGCGAGUGGGUUAGACGUAGUUGUUCUUAUGGGUGUUCCGGUUCGAAUCGAAUUAAAUUGGAUUUCGAUUCGGUUCGGUUUAAGUAAACCGGUUUAGACCUAUCUAAUUGACCCGUUCAAUACCAUUUAAUUCGGUCU